AUGAGCACUCCAGUAUUGAGCCGGUUGCUGCCAACCGCCUCUCGAUUAACCAGCCGAACGCUUGCAAGUUCACGCCCAGCACACAUCUUCCAAUGGACACGCAUCCCCAAACGGUCUUUUUCCUCCGGGUGGGCCUCCUACGUCAAGAAAUACACAGAAGACCAUGAGUGGAUCGAAUUGGAUGCAGACGGCAAAACCGGUACCAUUGGGAUUACCGAAUACGCGGCCAAAGCGCUGGGCGAUGUCGUCUAUGUCGAGCUCCCGGAGAUAGGGAUUGAGGUGGCCAAAGGAGAUACUAUCGGCGCGGUGGAAUCGGUCAAGUCGGCCUCGGAUAUCCUGACGCCCGUGUCGGGGAAGAUCACAGACCACAACAAAGUGUUGGAGGAGAAGCCGGCCACAAUCAACAAGAGUCCGGAAGCGGAUGGUUGGCUGGCAAAGAUCGAGGUGAGCGAUGCAGCGGAGCUGGAAAGCCUCAUGUCUAAAGAAGACUAUGACAAUUUCGAAAAGGAAUGA